UAAAACUGGGUUACAAAUACAAUCCAACCGGCUUUUCAACGGAGAUCAGAGGAGACCCCAUUCAAAGUGGGUCAGUAGACCUCGACGGACAUUUAACUGCUUUCAACAGAUCCAACCAUGAGUAAGGACACCGAGAUCGACUUGGAGGAGGUGAAGCUGAACACGGUGGACCAAGAGAAGCAGCCUAUGGCCGGAGACCAUCCCUCUCCUGCUGGAGAGAAGAACGGCAGCGUGAAGCUGAAGAUCCCUGACGAGGAUGUAACGUUCACCGGCCUCUCCAAGGAGGAGCUGAUGAAGGUGGCUGGCACCCCGGGGUGGGUGCGAACUCGCUGUGUGCUGCUGGUUCUGUUCUGGUUGGGCUGGGUCGGCAUGCUGGCCGGUGCCAUAGUGAUCAUCGUCCAGGCUCCUCGCUGCAAACCCAUCCCUGAGAUGCACUGGUGGAAUGAAGGGCUUCUGUACCAGAUCCCCGACCUUCAUGCUUUCUCUGAUGGACUGAAAGGUCUUGAGGGGAAGUUGGACCAGCUGAACCAGUUGAAGGUCAAAGGUGUGGUUCUUGGUCCUCUUCACGUCGUCCAGAAGGACCAGCCAAACACCCUGGAUCUUAAAAAGAUCCGCUCAGACCAUGGAACGAUGGAAGAGCUGGAGGCUGUGCUGCAGAGGGCUAAAAAGAAAGGCAUUUCUGUGAUUGUUGACCUGACUCCAAACUACGAGGGAGCUAAUCCAUGGUUUUCUGCCAAAGACAAUGAGAUGGUGGAGAAAGUCAGGGAGGCAGCAGAGCACUGGAUAAACCUGGGUGUUGAUGGCAUCAAGGUGUCAGACCUAAAGUUUGCCUCUGGCUUCAACGAGUGGCAAACACUGAGAACUGACGUCCAGGUCAACAGGACUGUCGGCAAAGUGAGUGCGCUGAUGGGUGCAGUAGAAGGGGCUUCAGCAGAAGAGGUGGCCCACCUGAUCAACACCACUGGUGUGGAUAUUAUUCUGCCCAACCUUCUCAGCUCCAGUGACAACGGCAUGGAGCGCAUCAAAGCUGUGAACGUCCUCCAGUUAGAGAAGAGCAGUGUGGGCUGGGGUCUCGGUGCCAGUAAACUGGAGCCUCUGUCUAAAGUGGCAACGUCCUCAGACCUGCAGCAUCUCUACCAGCUGCUGCUCUUCACUUUGCCUGGAAUACCGGUGUUUACCUACGGAGACGAAAUUGGCCUUCAAGGAAAUGGUUCUGGAUGGCCCAAGAUGGUUUGGAAAAUGGAUGCUAACCAGUCGGACAGCUGGUCGCGGUUCAAAAUCCUCAGUGACCUCCGAGGCAAGGAGCGCUCGCUGCUUCACGGCGACUAUUAUCCACUCGGCUCCUCUGACACAUCCCUCGCCUUCCUUCGUGUGUGGGACCAGAGCGAAAGAUACAUAACUGCAGUUAACUGGGGAGCGAAACCAGCAGAACUAAAACUUACACUUCCUCCUACAGAAGGUGUAACUUUGCCAGACACAGCCAAAGUGAAGAUAUCAUCAGAUGAAAAUCUGGCAGCUGAGUCGUCCGUCAGCUUGGAGAAAUUCACUCUUGGACCUGAAAAAGCAGUGAUCCUGCAGUUCCCCUUCACAGGCUGAAGAUGGCGCCAAACCUACAACAAAGUUGUCUGCAGAUCAGAUUUAUUUUGUAGAAGCUCAAGUCAGCAGUGUUGAAUCUUAGGAGUUGGAUGAAACAUUAUAAAAAUUCAGGAUUUGUAUUUUGUUACCAUAACAGAUCAUUAGUUUGGUCAGGAUGUGUUUGGGGGAAAGCAGUGGCCAGAUUCAGCUUUUUUAAAAAAAUGUAUUUUGUUCAAAAACAAAAUGCUUUUUAAUGUUGACUUUUUUUGUUCAGACAUUCCAUCUUUUUUUUUUUUUGUUUUUUUUUUUUUUAGCAUUCCUUAUGUUUUUGUUUUUAAACCAGUGUUUUAGUGAAUGUUCCAGCUCUUUAUUUUUGGAUUCAGACACAUGUAACUGAAGCUUGUGGAAACAAAGUUAAAGAAAUUAGUAAACUGGUCUGUGCUGAC